AAUUUAACUGCUCUGAUAUGGUAGUACUCUGAAGAAGUUUGACUUGUGACGCGAAGAUACGAAAAUGUUAAACUGAGAAUAUAUAAUCCUUCAGGUUGGUCUAUGAACAACAGGACGUGUGUUAGCUACACCUGAUAAUUCUGAUAAUUUACAUUAAUCGAGGAAUAAAUUGUUGUCAUUUUAUCCUUCACAAUGUGAACUGCUUAAGACGUGUGGUUUUUUGUUGCAUACCUUUAUCACCUAUUCUUCAAUUCAAUUCAACAAAAAUACAGCCUGUGUAACAUUUUCAGUCAAUUUUUUUCCUUAAGAUAAAUUGCAAAGGUAAUUUUACCUUAUUAAUGAUUUUCACAACCUAUUCAAAGUGAACACAAUGAAAAGAAUGAUUAUGACAGCAUAAAAUGCUUCAAGACUGUCGUGGGUGGAGCACAAGUUCGGGAUCAUGGUUUGGAAUUAUUACGGUACUUAUAAUUAUUGCACUGACAACACUAACAGUUUCUACACCAAAUCACAUUGAUUUGACCAGAAAUUUAUGGAAGUGUAUAAUUCUUUUGGCCGAAGAAGCUGUCUUGAGUCUUUUUGGAAUAUUGUUUGUGGUAAUGGCGUUUUAUCAAACAAGACGUUUAAAAUUCAGUAUCGCUACAAGACAAAGUCGUGUCGAUGAAUUUCUGUUAUAUACAGCUUUCUUUUUUGCUGCAAAUUAUACAAUAACUACAAUCAUAUUAGCAGCAGAUUUUGAAGCAAAAGGAAGGAGUACAUCCAAUAUGAGUGACGCUGAAAGACAUUUACUAAUUGGUCGGUGUUUGGUGAACGCGUUUGAAUUUAUUCAAAUGGUUUUGCAGACAUACUUUGUACAAGAUAGUUUUUAUCGAUGCAGUGAUCGUAUUGAACAACAAAUUGUGAAACCUGGUAGACAAUCGAUUGUUGCGUUGCUAGGGAUAAACUUAGCCCUAUGGAUACAAAAAAGUUUCCAGCUCAAAAAUGCAGACAUAUUAUUUAUGUUGGAAACAAAUCGCGGGACCUACGGUUGGAUAUUAUUUGUUGUGACAAUGCCUAUUAGCCUGUUCUACAGAUAUCAUUGUACUGUAUGUUUAUCACAGUGUUUCAAUAAGCUAUAUGAAGAUGAGACUCAGCGCUUUGAAGAAAUGUGGCGUCACCAAGUAGAUCCAUUUACUGAUAUUCUUGUCCGAUCAACUGACUCUCUAUGUGAUUUUGAGCACGACGAAAAGCAUCUUAAGGAAACCAAUGAAGUGCAGGUCACGGUUGAAAAUGAAGACAAACAAAAUCGAAGACUAGCUGCUUUUUCAAAAACCAAACCUUGGCGCACAUUUGAUUUAACUGAUGAAAGUGAUGGUGACAAUAAAACUACCAUACCAAGCCUGAACCACCAGGCUUACAACAACCUACAAACAAUCAGAGGUGGUGGUGAUACUGGUGCCAACACCGAUAACCUAGACUGUGAUGAUGAAAAUCUUUCGACACCUCCAAAAGAACGAACACCGAAUUUCGAAGACCAAAAUCAAGGUAAUCAUAAAGGCAACACCACAAAAGCAGAGCAUACAUAUAAUCAGGAAGGCCUUAAGUUCAAAUCGACUGAAAGACAUCCAUCAGAAACCAAUCAAACAAUUUUGCAGAAAGGUAAUGAAAAUAUAAACAAGGAUAACUUAGGUUUAGAAAGAAAUAUGUAUAAUGUUUUAUCCAGCCGCAGAUAUUCUUUGGUCAUCUUGCCAUCGUGUCAGCAUUCGGACAAGAAUGAAGAACUUAAUGCAGUCACUGUGGAUAGUCAGACAUUCGAUAAGAAUCUACAGGAGCAACUAUCAAGCGCUAGACAGAAUCCAGAACGCAGACAGAUAAGACGUCGUAGGACACUAAAAAAUCUUGAAACUGCUAAACACAGAGUUCUGGCUGCAGAAUUGGCUCAUCGUAUGGUUAUUGAACGUACUAGUGGAGCAUCGCCAACUGCAUUCAGUAAUGAUGCAAACUCUACCCUCUUGGACAGCUCAAGCCAGUUUUCUCCGAGUAGACCUUCAGAUGCUACGGAUAAUUCUCCAAAAAUCACGAGUGUACAUGGUCCAACACGUGAAUUUCGUAUAGCCAAAGCGGUUUCAGAGACAGCAGCAAUCACAAUUGCUCCUGUCGAGUCAAAAAUUGCUGCCAAUAUUCCGCUAAUAACGUUCAGCGAAUGCUCAGAAGCGCAAAACAAAGACAAAGACUCAAGUCCUAAACGUCAUCUUUCUGUACUGCACUUUCAUCACAGGAGAAGUGCUGCAAACAUUAAUCGUGUAUCAGGUGACCUAAAAGCGGAAAACGAAUUUGAAAAGAAUUCUUUUAAACGAUGUUCCUUCAAGGAAACUAGCUGGCCAUCAAGAAUUGGUUUCCGUAAAGCCCCCAAAAAUUAUAUUACUGGUUCAUCAACACCUCACUCAAAUUACUCUUACAAAAGCUCAAAAUUUGGAGACAGCAGUUCUGCUGAAAACACUAGGAAGAAUUCAAAACCGACUAAAUCUGAAGUCUAUUCCGUUUCUAAAACUUUGAGUGAUGUAGUAUUACCAUAUGUUUCAUGCUUAUUUAUUUGUUCAUUAUUUUUUGAUUUAACAUGA